AACAUCUCAACAAACAAAGAAUUAUUACAAAUUCAUAAUACCUCAAAUCGUUGAAAAAUUACUGGAUUUUUAAAUUACAAAACACUGAUUUUUAAAUCCAUAAAACAAACAACCCAAAUUGAGGAAAAUCUACGAAUUCCCAUCCAUUUUGAAUCAGCAAAACGAAGAGGAGAAGGUUUUUGUCAAAAAAAAAAAAAACGAAGAGGUGGGCUAAUCUCUGUAAAAUAAAGCGAAAUGAAGGGGCUGAAAGUGGGAUCGGAUUAUAUUUAAUGACGCAACUCGGAAGCGCAAAGGAAAAGGGGGAAAAAUAUCAAACUCAUGAGUACCAAGGCUUAAUUUCUGGAUUUUGUAUGAUACGAUGGGCAUUGCCCAAGACCAUUUAAUUUAAGUUUUAGGCAGGGGCGCCCGUAAGCGUCCCAUUUUCUAAAAAAAAAAAAGAAAAGGGGAAAAAUUGAGGAAAAGGGGAAAAAAAAAGAGAGGUUUUUUUUAGUAUUUUUCCUUUACUGUCACUUACACGCACCCGCACCCGCACCCGCACCCAGCCAGCCAGCCAGCCGACCACACCCACACCCACUCCCCGGAACCAUCGAGCCAUCCUUCGGCCUAACUUCCCGUUCCGGUUAGCCCCUAUUAACUCCUUUCUUCCUCUUCAGCGGCCACCUUCCCCUUCUUCUCUAAUCAAAUCUCCACUUCUGCUUCUGCUUCUACUUCCUCUUCUUCUUCCCUUUUAUAAAAAGGCCCCAAUUCCUUCCUGUGGCUUUCUUUCCUUCCCUCCCAUCGUUUUGUUUGUUUGUUCGUUUGCUCCUUCCUGUCUCUCUCACCCUCGCCCGGCCCUAUCUAUCCUUCUCUCUCUUGUCUUUCCGCGUUUCGUUUCUCCCCCCCAAUCUCAUCGUCGCAGAUUCGCUCUUCGAUCCACCAACUGGUAAGUCUUCUCUCUCCCCUCCACCGUCUCGUUACUAAGCCCUAAUUUCCCCGCAAUCCUCGCUCCCCCCGAUCGACCGACGACGAGGAUCCCCCUGAUUUCUCUUCUCCGGUGAGCGAAGCUACGCUUCUUUUUGGUUCUCCCGGCUCGCUGUGUUGUUUGACUUGUCGGGUCGAGAUUUCCCGUUCUGCAUGCGACUGAUUCAAGAUUAGGAUUCUCUGUUUUUGUUUUUUCGUCUCUCUCUACUUAGGGUGUGUAGUAAUCUGGGUGGAAUUCUGAUUGCGUGCCCUAUCUGGGAAUUUUUAUUUAUUAUCUCCGUGUGCCGGUGGUGUCUGUUUGGCCAAAAUUCUUUGUCGUGAUCUACGAUUUAGCUGGGGCGGUCAUUGGUUGGUGUGUUCAGGACUCUGGAUUUCUCAUUCUUUUGUGUGUGUUUACGGGGUGUGUGUUGAGUUGCUAGGGUUUGAUUGUCAUGAUCUGUAUCGAGAAUCACGAGUUACGGAUGUGAUUAGAUUGGAGGGGGAUUUCUCUAGGGUUUUGUCGUUGUGGGUGUCUUCUGUGUGAGUGAGACUUGUACAUAGUGUGAAUUUAGGAAGAUGAAUGUAGUAUCCGUGAAGUGCCUAAAUUGAGAGCUGGUUGGGUUUCACUGUCGAAUGGCAACCCAAAGAAGAGGAAAAUACCGGAAUUCAGAGACUGCAGUGGAUCUUACUCAUGUAUAGGGGAUAUUUAGAGUAGAUUACUUAACUGUUGUGGCAGUUUUUCUCACUUAGAGCUUUUUCUUUGUGAUCUAGGCAACCAUGAGUGACGAGGGAGAGAAGACCUGCCCACUUUGCGCUGAGGAGAUGGAUCUGACUGAUCAGCAAUUGAAGCCUUGCAAAUGUGGCUAUGAGAUAUGUGUUUGGUGUUGGCAUCACAUAAUGGACAUGGCUGAGAAGGAUGACUCAGAGGGCCGGUGUCCUGCAUGCCGCACCCCAUAUGACAAGGAGAAGAUAGUAGGGACCGGACCAAAUGAGAGAUUGGUUGCUGAAUUCCAAGAGCGGAAGAAGUCACAUAAGUCAAAGACGAAACCAUCCGAGGGGAGGAAACAGCUCAGCAGUGUGAGGGUGAUCCAACGGAACCUGGUGUAUAUAGUUGGGCUACCUCUCAACUUUGCCGAUGAGGAUCUACUCCAGCGAAGAGAAUAUUUUGGUCAGUAUGGGAAAGUAUUGAAGGUAUCCAUGUCACGAACAGCAGCGGGAGUCAUUCAGCAGUUUCCUAAUAAUACUUGUAGUGUAUAUAUUACUUACGGAAAGGAGGACGAAGCUAUUCGUUGUAUUCAAUCUGUACAUGGAUACAUUUUGGAUGGUAGACCAUUGAAGGCAUGCUUUGGAACCACAAAGUACUGUCAUGCUUGGUUGAGAAAUGUGCCCUGCACCAAUCCUGAUUGUCUAUACUUGCAUGAGGUUGGAUCUCAAGAAGUUAGUUUUACAAAAGAUGAGAUCAUCUCAUCGUAUACAAGGAGUAGGGUGCAACAGAUUACUGGCGCAACCAGUAAUUUAGUUCCACGUGCAGGGAAUAUGUUGCCACCUCCAUCCGAUGAUUAUUCUUACAACACUUCGGCCUCUGCUGCAAGACCCAUCGUGAAAAAUGCAGUAAAUAGUACAAUGGGUAGUAGUGGAAAGGGUUCGCCUCCUAAUGGGAGCGGCAGUAGAUCUGGUGCUCUUCCAGCUGCGGCUUCAUGGGGAAUGCGCACCUCAAACCAGCCAUUAAAUCUAACAUUUUCAAAUGGCCCUCCUAAGCUGAAGUCUGAUACAGUUACCAGCACUGUUGGAUUUUCAUCAGCUACAGUUCAGCCUUCUGCAUCACUUGCAGUGAAAACGACCAGUUGGAACGAAGAUAGUCAAUCAACAAACAGUAAAUGCAAACCUGAUUUAUUAGUACCUCUGAAACAGCUGUCCGGUGGUGACUCCCCUCCGAUUGUGACCGAAAAGGCAUCUUUAAGUAAUACCAGUGCUAAUAUUCACUUAACUAAAGACUCGGGAAGAGCUGAGGUAUCAAGUGUGAAAAGUUCUCUUAUCUACCCUCAGUCCUCAAGUCAUGAGCAAGAUGGGCUUGCUAUUGCAGAUCAGAAAAUUCUUAGUUCAUGUCCUGAAAUCUCCUCAACAAGGAUUGGUAGAAAUGAUAAUUCUGGGGCAGUGUCUAGGACUAGCAGUGUGUGUCCAGAGAACACUGAGGUCAAAUUUCCUAGUGGUCAGCAACAAUGUGUUGAGCAGUAUGGAGAUUCUUUAGCAUCUCCGGCCAGUGAGCCUGCUGCGAAUGGGGUAUAUGUUUCAAGAGGAGAAAAAGACUGGAGAAUGGAUCCACAGACUGAAGCAGUUGCUAUCAGUGAAUGUGAGCUAGAAGAGGAUGUAUUAUCAUUUGAUAACCAGAGAUUGAGGGAUCCAGAGUUGGUCAGCCGUUCAUUGUUUUUGCCAAGUUCGGUGAACUCUCUCCAGGCAGCAAAGAGUUCCUGGUCUCAUUCUCUGCAGCAUACUGAUGCUUUAGGUACUGUUGAAGCAAAUCCUGAUCCUUUAUUCUUAGAUCAUAGAAUUGGCGAUGGUCCAAUAAGACACAUGCCUAGCAAUUCUGUUUUGCCAAAUGGAUACCCUGAAACGUUGAUGAAUAGCUCUACUGGGUUGGGUAGACAUUCAGAACAACAUCUUUUCCGCCCUGCCCAAGGUGAAGGGGAGCACUUGGGAAGAUUACAAUGUGACAGUAAUGGUAAUGCGACUCUAGAUGCUGGAGAGAGUAGCAUAAUUUCAAAUAUACUAUCUCUAGAUCUGGAUGGAUGGGAUGAAUCAUUAACUUCUCCUCAAAAUUUGGCUAAAAUGUUGGGUGAUACAGAUACACAAACUAGUUCUCUGAAGAUGUCUAAUUCCUGGAAAGGUCAAAGUAACAAGCAGUCUAGGUUUUCUUUUGCUAGGCAGGAGGAAUCACGGAAUCAUGCAUUUGAUGUUGAUCCGUCCUUUAUUGGGCUGGGACAGAUGCCGAGGAAUCAUUCCUUCAAUCCUGAUCUCUUGGAAAAUAGAAAUUCAUUCUUGGAUAAGCAUGGGCUGAGUAACGGUUUCUCAUCAAGUAAUAUGGACGAAUCAGAAUCCUAUCUUGGUGGCACUUCAGCUUUUCCUUCCAGUAAGCCUUCUGUUUCCCGGUCUCAAAUUUCGGCCCCACCUGGGUUUUCAGUGCCUAACCGAGCACCACCACCAGGUUUCUCUUCUCACGAGAGAGUGGAGCAGACUUUUGACAGCAUCUCAGGAAACCAUAUGUUCGAUUCAUCUUCCUUGCUUAGAAGCUCAUACCAGGCUCCAAUGGGUGGAAGCAUGGGAAGCACAGCUGACAUUGAAUUCAUAGAUCCUGCAAUUUUGGCUGUUGGCAAAGGAAGACUUCAAGGGGCUUUUAGUAAUAAUAAUAGCCCUGGUAUGGACAUGAGAUCAAACUUCCCACAACAGUAUAGCAAUUUUGAGAAUGAGGCCAGACUACAACAACUACUUAUGCAAAGAUCUCUUCCACAACAACAGCAGAACCUACGAUAUGGUGACCUUGGGGAUAACUUCUCUUCUCUCACUGAUUCUUAUGGCCUCUCUUCAAGGAUGGUGGAUCAGUCUCAACUGAACAACCUUUCCCCCUUUGCACAACUGUCCGUCCCACAACCUAGAGGUAAUGGACAUGUUUCAAAUGGUCACUGGGGGGAUGGCUGGAAUGAGGUCCAGGGCGGUGGGAACAGUUUGGGUAUGGCAGAGCUACUUAGGAAUGAGAGGCUGGGCCAGUUCAACAAGUUCUACUCCUCUGGGUAUGAAGAUUCAAAAUUCCGGAUGCCUAGCUCUGGUGACUUGUACAACAGGACGUUUGAGAUGUGAUGCAGUAGUGGGGGACAGAUGAAGAUGUUUUGCUUGGCUAGCAAAUGGCUGAGAGUUGUAGAGGGGGGAGAUGGAUGAGAUGAUCUGCUUCACAACUACAUGUCCGUUGUACUGAAGGAUUGGACUCUACAGCUUUAAAAGUGUUUGGUCUUAACUGGGCAGCCUUAUGAAGGACCAAAAGCUCCUGGAGACUCGUGGUCUCGAAGGCAGCAGGUGUGAUAUGAAUGCUCGCUUGGGGAAAGAUUUAUCCUUUGCUCCUUGCAAUCAUUCCAGCAGAGCUGCUAAUCGUCUAAGCAGUGUUCAUUGUGCUUUUUCUUUCCAUCGCAGGUCAUGUAAGCUUGUGGAGAACAUCGUCACUGUAGUUGAAGGAAUCCUGGAAGCGUCAAGGGGUGCGUGCGUACUACUACUACUACCUGAGAAGUUGAGGGCAAAGGUUGUUUAAUCGUAUAGAGUUGUCGAGUGUCCUUCCUUUUCUCCAGAGUCUUGGUUCUGUUUCUUUUGCCUGUGAUGAGUAAAAAGAAGGAAUGAAUUUGGUUGAUUUUGUCUCCGUCAGGCUGUCUGUUUUCCCUUCCCUACCUGCUCGCCGUUUGUACUUAUUUUGACUGCCUUCCCGAUAAUUGUUUACUAACAGCAAGUAUUAGAUACGAAAGAGAAGGGGGAAAACGUAUUGCUCCAACUUCGAGUUACUCUCUCAAGUUUCAACUUCUGCAUCGUCUUACACUUAUUCUUUGGGACUAUAUCUGUGUUACGCUGCAAGAAGUGCCGUUUGAGGCUGUGGUAUCUGUGCUGGUUUAGGUCGAUGUUCGCAAAUAGCUAAAUCUCCAAUUUGAUUUUCUGAAUUAGGAACGUUAUUAGUCGACAAGUAGAAGUCGAGCACCUUCUAAGAGUGCUUUUACUUCCGCUUCAAUUGGAGAUGAACACAAAGUAGAGCAGCCCGUCCAUCACAAACAUGCCCUUGGUUGUUAAUGAGAACAAUUCCAAAAGCCGAUACUUAGAAAGCUUGUAUAAGCAUGUCUAAAUGAUACAUCACAGUGAAUCUCAAAUUGGGGAUACAGAUGGAGUGAAAUUUGUGCAAGUCAGAACAUUCAAGAUACUCCCAUAUAGCAGCAAUGCAGGUAUUGUAUUCGAGGGGAUUGCACUCCCUCAACAGCAUUCCUACCUUUCCAAAUGUUCCAACAAAAGGAACAACUUGGAGGAUAUUCGAGUGCGAGAUAAUGUCCAUCAAGGUGCAGAACCAAUCGAGGUAGGAGCAGAAUGCUGAUAGGAGCAGAAGAGAUGAGAAUAAUCCGAUCCAAGCAUUUGAUGCGUGCUAACAUGAGAAGAGGCCGUGGAACAUUGAUUCAUCUGUACAGUCACAAUACGAACAGUUCGAAUUUGACCCACAUUUCCUGGUCAUCAAGUUACUUUUUUGUGGUAGAUAGCUUCCUCUCGCAUCUCCAUAUAAAGACGUGUAGUUUCGUUGGGACGAACAAGCUCCACACCCAUUGCCAACGAUCCCUGUCAAAUUGAGACACAUGAGAUGAGAUAGAUGAUCACCACGACCUGAAAUUUAAUUAUGGAAAGCAUGGUAGGCCAUUACGAACUAAGAGUGUAAGGUAAAUUCCAGCAUAAAGAGGAUAUUUCAAUUUUUGGAGAUGGCUACUUUGGUAGUGCCUAUCACCAACAUAUCUGAUUUGGGCCAAAGGGAAUAAGAGGGGGAGGUGUAUUGCUCAGUGGGUUGCAUUGCAUGCCAUACAAAUACAAUGGAGAUUCGUCAAGACCGGUCCAGCUGCCCGUUUGUUCUUCUGUUCUGUGGACUCUGCCAUUGAGUUGGAGUUGAGUCGGUAGGCUAUAUGUCAGAAUCAAACUCCAUAGUCAACAUACGUAGAGUCAACUUCACAAUCUGUUUUGAUGAAACAUUCAAAAAGCUGAUGUAGUAGCUAGGAAGUUUGUAGCCAUAGAUAGGGUUAGGGCUGCCCUUACAAGCGCUCAUGGGAAGAUGCCAGCAAGUAGCAACUACACUCCAUUCUCUUCAUAUUCUAUGUUUGAUUCCUAGAUCGACCCCAUUUAUGGCAAAAGGGGAGGGAGGUCAAGUCAUUUUACUUUGUUCUUGUUCCACCUUCACAUAUAUAAUAUAUACCCCUCUUCUUUGGGGCAAUUUGUAGGAAGUGGGGUAUUUUAUUUACAUGUGUGUUCUUGUCAAGCCUCUAAUCAAAAGGCAUGGUUUUAAAAAAAAAAAAAUUAUUUGCAAGUAGUACUUACUUUUUUUCUUCCGAUAUAGACAAAUAGAUAUUGCACCAAUAACUUAAAUUUCGAUAGUAAUAAUGUUGUAAACUAAUCCUUAUCAACAUGCAAGAUACGAAGUUUGUUUGGAUUUUUCUAACCCUUAUCUAGUCAAGGCACUGUAGAUAGAAGAAUGUGAAGUAAUAAAACUGGUUUUAACAUACGAUUAAGGGGGAAAAAAUAUCAAAAUAUGUUUUAGGUGGUAAGAUAUAGAGUUGACACAAUAUAAUCAUAUGAUCUGAUUAAAAAAAAAAACACUCUCUUUCAACCAAAUAAUAUCAGAUCUAUGGAGGGCUACUCCAUCAUAAAAAAAAAAAGCAAGUAACAGAGAAUUUGGUCGACAAAUUAUUGAAGUGACAGGAUCCCAAAUUUGAAGCCUCUUGUCGGCUUUCCGCUAAGAUGGACACCCUUUGCCUAAGACUAGAGGACCCUCCAGCUCCAACGUUCCCAUGAUAACACAAGUCUCGAAUAUGUUAUGAGGAAUUUAUGCCUCUACACAAAAAGUGAACUUUAUGAACAAUCCUUUCACCUCUCCCCCACCGUCUAAUCGGAAGGAAACGGAUCCAAAAGGAACAUGGCAUUGCCUCUCUAGCCAGGGGAACAUAUACUGAAAUAUGACAUAUUGGCUGCAAAUUUAUUGCAUUUUUUCGCUUGAUCCCAAUUUGAGUUGUAUGAUUCUUAAUCACUUUUUUAUACGCUCUCCGAAUAAAAGUCAACUCAUCAGUUUGAAGUUUGCACACAUCUGUCAUAUCGUAUUGGGGAUUGUGCACAAUAGCUCGAGUUUUUGGGAGAUGUCCAUAUAUGAAUUUAAGUUAGCUCUUCACAACGAUGAAUAUCAUAGUAGUUCUAAUUGUAAUAAGACCAUCAUGGAAUU